CCUUUUUUUCGUUAAUCUUUUGGCCCAGAGCUGGCAGAGGAAUGCUCUUUUUGUGCUAUCUGAAAUUGCUCUCCUUUUGAAGAACGCAAAUAAGGGCUCUUUAUAUUUCGGCUUUACAAGAUGAGGGGAAGUCUUUGGCAACUCGGGCAAUCAAUUACUCGUCGUCUUGCUCAGGCAGACAAGAAGGUUGUGUCACGUCGCUACUUUGCUUCGGAGGCUGAUCUGAAAAAGACUGUUCUUUAUGAUUUCCAUGUUGAUAAUGGCGGGAAGAUGGUUCCAUUUGCCGGAUGGAGCAUGCCAAUUCAGUACAAGGACUCGAUCAUGGACUCAACCGUGAAUUGCAGGCUGAAUGGUGGACUCUUUGAUGUCUCCCAUAUGUGUGGGCUGAGCCUUAAGGGAAAGGACUCUGUUCCAUUCCUUGAAAAGCUCGUUAUUGCUGAUGUAGCUGGCCUUUCCCCCGGAACCGGAACUCUAACUGUCUUUACUAAUGAGAAGGGAGGGGCGAUCGACGAUUCCGUGAUUACCAAAGUGAAGGAUGAUCAUAUAUACCUGGUUGUGAAUGCAGGCUGCAGGGAUAAGGAUCUGGCUCACAUUGAAGAGCAUAUGAAGGCAUUCAAGGCCAAAGGCUGGGAUGUCUCGUGGCACAUCCAUGAUGAGAGAUCUCUUCUAGCUCUCCAGGGACCUCUUGCUGCCCCAGUUCUUCAACAUCUGACAAAGGAUGAUCUGAGUAAGCUAUAUUUCGGGGAAUUCAGAAUAUUGGAUAUCAAUGGUGCAACAUGUUAUCUCACUCGGACAGGGUACACCGGUGAGGAUGGAUUCGAAAUCUCGGUUCCUUCAGAAAAUGCUUUGGAUCUUGCUAAAGCUAUCUUGGAGAAAUCUGAAGGGAAGGUAAGGUUAACAGGACUCGGAGCUCGAGACAGUCUCCGACUGGAAGCCGGACUUUGUUUAUAUGGCAACGACAUGGAACAACAUAUAACACCGGUCGAGGCCGGACUAACAUGGGCCAUAGGGAAGAGGAGAAGAGCUGAAGGCGGAUUCUUAGGGGCUGAGGUAAUCCUGAAACAACUAGCGGAGGGUCCGUCGAUCAGGCGAGUCGGCUUCGUCUCCACCGGACCACCUCCACGAUCCCACAGUGAGAUCCAAGAUGAGAAAGGGAACAACAUCGGGGAGAUCACGAGCGGAGGAUUCAGUCCGUGCCUGAAGAAGAACAUAGCAAUGGGAUAUGUGAAAUCCGGAUUACACAAGGCGGGAACCAAAGCUAAGAUCCUGGUAAGAGGAAAGGCUUAUGAUGGAGUUGUCACAAAAAUGCCUUUUGUACCAACAAAAUAUUACAAGCCAUCAUCCUAAGAUCAAAAUUUACACUUACAGUCCCUGGGAUUAUCUCAGCUGUUUCCUGCUUCUGAUUUGGUUUUCUUUUUUCAUUAAACUUUAACAUCUGCAAUCAAAUACCUAUGUCUGGUUUUUCUAUUAA